GUAGCGAAGUGAUUGCCCACUAUCACGGGGAAAUGACGCAAACCCAAAAAUAUAGAUCCGUGAACUUACCAGUACCGGAAUGCAUGGAAAUAAUAUACGUUCAAGUAGAAGUUGAGAAUGAUUUCACUACGCCCGAAGUGAAGUACAACUGGACUACUACCACGGUCGCAAUAAAUUACAAGAAGUCGCAGAAGAGUACCAGCUAUUACGACAUUGUUGCAAGAGCUAUUAAAGAUAAAGACUGCGGUGGAUCUACUCAUAAGGAACUUAGGUUUAAAAACAAAUUUUUGACAACAUACACGAAUUAAACAACAACUUUUUGAAAAGUACUAUGUAGUUAACAGGUAACUGGGCUUUUGUUUGUUAAUUUAGUAAAGUAUGUAGAUAUGCGUCUGCACGACACCUUUCUAAUCAAGAUCGUCCAAAUCUAAAAUAUUUUUGUUCAAAAACUUAAUUCCCUUUGUUCAAAUCUUAUUAGCAUUAUUUUUCCAAACUAGUAAAGUGAUUUUAGUCCAAGAGGCGUAUUGUGUUUGUUAAUUUUUUGUUCCAACGUUUCUAAGACUCUUCAGUAUUCAUGAUCAUGUGGGUAGACUCCGAAAACUUCGAUGUAACCCGUCAAAUUAGUUUUAACCAACAUCUAACGCGUAAAUAAAAAUUCUUGUUCCAAUGUAAA